AUGUCUACUUCAUUCUGGGGCCUGUUGGAGGCUUGUGAAAUGGGAGCUGCUUCUCGUGGAGAAAGCAAAUCUUGUUGCGGUAUCACUAGAAGCGGUGCGCCUAGUAAAAACUUGAUCAAGACACAAGACAUCAAGCAGGGUCGUCAAAAGUUGGCCCGACUCGGUAGUUUUCCAUUUGAAAUUUCUACUUACAAUCUGUGCUUUGCGAUAUUGCGAAAUACUUUCUCUGCACACGACAGCAUCGGGACCGACAAGCCAACAGACUUGGCCAGCAGUGGUACGAAGCAGCCGUCCGAAAUCAAGCGCAGGCAGACCAUGACCCUGAAAGUUCUGCUCAAUCACAACAUUCGCGCUCACCUCAACGCCAAACCAAGUUCAGACGAGAACAGCGACUCCUCCCCAUCUACCAUCACCAGGCUACCGCGGAGUAUGGGAUCUUAUGUGACGGCUGCAACGCUGCGAGCAAACAGUGUCCCUUGGUGCGUCUCACCAGCUCAGCCAGCUAUCCUGUCAUGCAUCACCAACAUCCGUGCUGGUCUGCAAGGCAUACACUUGCACUCCAUCAGCCGGAGCGAGGAGGUUUCUGAUGUUUACUGCAUGUUCUGCCUGGGCGAUGACGAAGACCAUGCAAAUGAGAGCGCGGUUUUGCGCUGCACAGAGUGUAGGGCUUUAUCACACCUAGCCUGUACAGAGGAGUGGCUGGCCAAGCGGGAUGCAGGAUUCGAGAUAUCGUGCUGUGUCUGUCGCAACGAGGGGGCUGUGGAUGCGCUCAUCCGCCCCCACAGGGCUUCUGCAGACACUGAAAGAGCUGUCAACGAUGCCACUGCAGGCAUCAGCUGUUCAGCUUCAGCUGCGGAUACAACGAGGGAUAUUGAAAUACUGCCCGGGCCUUCGCUUCAAAGUGUCGAACGGCGUCGGCCAGCCAGACUGGCAAGACAAUCUUAUCAGCCCCGCGGCUCUCGUGUGUCUGGGUCCCUUCGUCGGUCUAGACGCUUGCAACAGAUUCACCGCAACUGA